AACACACCCCUCUCAACUGCUGAAGCGCUCUUAUCGAUUCGUACUCAAUUUCCCCUCAAAUCCCAAAACUUCUCUCCUCUGCAUAUGGUUAGUUGUCUGAUCUUGAGAAAUGGCGACAUUUGAGCUCUAUCGGAGGUCGACGAUCGGGAUGUGCUUGACCGAGACUCUCGAUGAGAUGGUUCAAAACGGAACGCUCACACCCGAGCUUGCUAUACAGGUCCUUGUCCAGUUUGACAAGUCUAUGACUGAAGCUUUGGAGUCGCAAGUGAAGAGCAAGGUGUCUAUUAAGGGACAUCUGCACACCUACAGAUUCUGCGACAAUGUUUGGACCUUCAUCUUACAGGAUGCUUUGUUUAAGCAUGAUGACAAUCAGGAGAAUUUGGGUCGGGUUAAAAUAGUGGCAUGCGACUCAAAGCUGCUCAUACAGUGAUUCAUCUGAAUCUUUUGUGCAAGCAGGUAACAAAGGUGAAUUGUACGUUGGAAAGUGGAAGUCUAGUUGCUUGAUGUAUUGGACUAGUGAAUGUUACUAGAAGGCUCAUCUUCUUGUUUCCCUCUUAUUAUUUACUGUCCCUUAUUUAUUUUUAUUUUUUUAUAUUUGGAAUCAAACCAUGGAUCUUGGGAAUGUAUGAUCUGUAUAAUGUACUGCUAAUUACUGUUGCCCUUCCUUGAAUGUGAAGUAAGGUCAUUUUGUGAAUGCGAAGGGCAGUUAUGCUGGAUGAAUUUUCUGUAAGAUUGAUCUGUACUUAUUUCCAGAGGACGUAUGGGGUAGAUUAAGUGGUCUAUGCCAGACCAAGUUCAUAUUUU